AUGAUAAAAAGAAAUAGUACAAGUAGAGUACCCAAAAUAGAAAUUUAGACAGAAUUAUUGUCUAUUAAAUUAAUCUAACAUAAUCCAAACAUUAAUUUUGACAAAUAUGAUUGGUGUCAAAAGUUUUCAGAAAUUAUACAUGCUGAUAAAUUGAAAUCUCAAAUUGCUGUUUCUAAUGACAAAGUAUCAAUUCUUAAAGGCAAAAAUAUAUAUUCUUGGGGAGUUAUUGAUAAAUCAUUUACUUUUAAAUAAGAAAAAUCAGAUAUCCUAGAUACAAUUACAAUUGAUUCAAGAUGUUUCAUUUUAGAUAAAGAUAAAAAAGUUUAUAAAUCUAAUGAUAAAUAAAUAUUAUUUACAAAUGUUAAAGCAAUUAGAAACUUUUAAAAUGCCUUAAUACUUCUUACAAGUGAUAAUCAAUUAUUGGAUGAGAAAUAAAAUAAACUCAAAUAAAAUAUUGAGGAUGUUUAAAGUAGUAAUGAAUUCUUAGUUAUUUAAACAAAAAAUAAUAUCACUAUAGCUGGAAAGUUUCCUUUUUAAUAAAUUUUUGAUGUAAAAGCAAUGAAAAUUUCUUGUGGUUUAUAACAUGUUAUGUGUCUUUCAUAGGAAGGCUAACUUUAUAUUUGGGGAGAAGGUAAAUCAGGAUAAAUUGGAAAUGGAUCAUUAAAAUAAUAGUAAUGGCCAUAACUUGUAAUGACUAAUGUCUAAGAUAUAGCUGCUGGAACUGAAUCUUCCACUUUAUUAAAAGCUAAUAGAAUUUACUAUUGUGGAACCAAUGAAUUAAUUAAUAAAUAACAUACAUUCAUUCCUUAUUAAUCAGAUUAUAUUUUUAUUAGGAUUUACUCAUGUUGGAGUCAAAUAAUGGAUGUUUAAUAUGCACAUUAUGUUGAUUUUGAUUAAGAAUUAUAUGAAGAGUUGAAUAAAAUAGUAAAAUAAAUAGAAGAUGAUGAUUUAUUAUUACCUGAUGAAAAUUUAACCAGAUAAACAAAAGCUAUGAGUACUCAUGAAUCACAAAUGAUAAAAAAACCACUUCCACCUUAAAUAUUUGGAUAAUAAACAAAAACAUCAACUAAUUCAAGUAUAAUAAAAAGCAAAAGUAAGACACCUUAAAAAAAAUUAAAAUUUUAAUUAGAUUGA